AUGACCCAAUCUCUAGUCGGAAUUUCAACCUGUUUGUGAACACAUCUUUUACAUUUAGCUCAUAGUUUUCAGUUUGUAAAAUAACAUUUUGCUUAGAAUCAUUGAAGAGGAAGCUUCCUGGAAAUCUUAUCCCAUUUACAAUGAAUUUCUUCACAGUUUUCACAUUAUGUGUGACAAUUGCCGUGGCAUCAGCAUGGCCACAAAGACAAUUCGCCGGAAAUCCAUUUUUCCAAAAUCAACCACAGCAAAACGGUCAAUUCUUCCCAAAUCAGGUAGGACUCCCAAAUCAACCACAACAAAACGGUCAGUUCUUCCCAAAUCAGGGAGGAUUCCAAAAUCCAAAUCAAGGAGGUCAAGGGUUCCCCAAUCAAGGUGGUUUCCAAAACCAAGGAUUUCCUAAUCAAUUGGGUCAGAAUCAAGGAAAUUUCAAUCAAGGUGGCUUCCAAAACCAAGGAUCUUCCAAUCAAUUCGGUCAGAACCAAGGUCAAUUCCGACCCAAUCCAAACAAUCCAUUCCUACCACAGAACACGUCACCCAAUCCCGAUAUAACCACCGUUGGAACGCAAGGAAUUGUCGAUCAGAUCUUCGGUCGCCCAAAUCAGAGCAGCAAUCAACCGGGACAAUUUACAAAUCCAACACAAAACCAAGUGACUGCCACCACACCGGCUGCUGCUCCAGCACAGUCGCCGGCAUUCUUAAGAUGUACCCGUGAAGAAUGCCUUACAACAAACGAAUAUAAUCCAGUUUGUGGAAGUGAUCAACAAGUUUACAGCAACAUUCGCAAAUUGGAAUGUGCAAAUCAAUGUGGACGACGAUUGAAUCAAAACUGGCAAGAGGUUAGAGUGCUUCGAUCAGGUGCAUGCGCAUCUGGACAACGAGUCUCUUAAAUAUGAUGAUUUUGUUUCCAACAAAUCGAAAUGGAUUUAACCUGCCGUCUCUUCAAUGGAAUCACCGCAUGGAACACAAUUUUUUUUUAUCUUAUAAUUUUAUUGAACGAAACUUUUUGAGUAUUCUAAACCGAUUUAAAAUAAGAAUUGCAUGGCCGUAAAUGAUGUGAUAAUAUUGGGUAUAUGUGUUAAUUUCCGGACUUUUUUCGAAGAUGACGCAAAUAAUACAAUAUCAUAUCGGGUAAUAUUGUUGCUACCUGCAUGUCAAAGUACUGUUGAAAUACUAUCUUUUCCAGUAUGUCCCAUUUUUUUGAAUUCAAACAUAAAUAAUUUUUUUUCACCCUGUAAUGGUAGAUCGACGAGUCUGUAAAUCGACUUUCGCGGGAGCUGGUUUUUUCACACGAAAAAAAAUGUGAAAAAAAGAUUAUUCUUGUAUCGGGUUGGCACUGAUUAUGAAGAAUAAACCCUUCUCGAUAGACUCAAGCAUUAGGAACCAUAUUUUGAUCGCUUGCAAUCGCUCCUUCGAAAAUGGGUGAUUUGCCAUGAGGGUGGGGAAGAUAUAGGAGGUAAAAUUAUAUCAAAAUGAUAGACUUGAUCGUUCCCAACAAUAACUAAUCGGCGUAUACCAAUUACUUACAGCAGAAUUGAAAAAUUUAUACAAUGUAAGGAAAAUCUGGUUUUCAAAGGCACAAUUUUUCAAUGACUUUUCACCGAAAAAGUCGAAAAUUUCUAAGAAGCAGUUAAAUUCGAAUAUCCGCUUUGCCCCCGCUGUAUUCUCCAGACAUUGCGCCUUCUGCCUACCAGUUGUUUCAGGCUAUUCAAAAACAUCUAAGUGGAAAACAGUUUGCUUUUUUUUCUUCAAAAACUCGAAAAAUGGAUCGAUCUUCAAAUAUGGUCAAAUGUACCGUUAUUUUUUCGAAAUGUUUUUUGUAAAUUAUCUGAAAUAUUCGGCGAAGUAUUUGUCGCUUCCGAUGGAUAAUACUUUAAUUAAUUUAUACUUUUAUUUUGUUAUUAAAUUAAAUGAGUUUUUUUGUUUAAAUAAAAAAGCCCGGAAAUUAAUGCAUUGACCCAA